CCCCAGCGUCCAUCGUCAAUCCAUGCCUUCUAGCUGCACGCAAGUCAACGAAUACGAUCGACUCCCUGGACGGCAUACAUCUGCCUUACUGCAACUAGCAUCAGACCGGCGCACAACCGAGCGGAGGGAGCGGAUAUCGAGCGAGUGCACAGCACGCCAUACAUUCUCGUCGACUCGCCCUUCGAAGCCAAUCGCCCGCCAGGAUGGAGGAGAUCGGCAUCGCCUCGUCACUCCGCAUGACGGACCCGACAUUCGAAGAUGCUAUUGCAGAAAAACAGGCCGUACAUCAGGAGAUGGCGCAGGAGGAAGACACAUUCUUGCGAUACAAGAAACUGCAACGGCAUCUGGACUUUUUGAACACGAUGGAAGAUUAUGUCAAAGACGAGCAGCGAAAUCUAAAACGCGAGCUGGUACGAGCACAAGAAGAAGUCAAGCGCAUCCAGUCCGUACCACUCGUCAUUGGGCAGUUUCUCGAGCCAAUCGACCUACACACGGGCAUUGUAGGCAGCACGACGGGGUCCAACUACGUCGUACGCAUCCUCUCCACGAUCGACCGCGAGCUGCUCAAGCCGUCAUCCUCCGUUGCGCUACACCGGCAUUCAAACUCGCUCGUCGACGUCCUGCCGCCAGAAGCCGACUCCUCGAUCGCGAUGCUAGGGCAGGAAGAGAAGCCGACCGAGACAUACGCGGACGUCGGCGGGAUGGAUGUGCAGAAGCAGGAGAUCCGCGAGGCAGUCGAGCUUCCUCUCGUCCAAUUUGACCUUUACCGGCAGAUCGGCAUCGACCCGCCGCGCGGCGUGCUGCUCUACGGCCCGCCGGGGACAGGCAAAACGAUGCUCGUCAAGGCAGUCGCCAAUGCGACGACUGCAUCUUUCAUCCGCGUCGUCGGGUCCGAGUUUGUGCAAAAGUACCUCGGCGAGGGCCCGCGCAUGGUUCGCGACGUGUUCCGCCUCGCGCGCGAGAACGCACCAGCGAUCAUCUUCAUCGACGAGAUCGACGCAAUUGCGACGAAGCGCUUCGACGCGCAGACUGGCGCCGACCGCGAGGUGCAGCGCAUAUUGCUCGAGCUGCUCAACCAGAUGGACGGCUUCGACCAGGGUUCCAACGUCAAGGUCAUCAUGGCCACUAACCGUGCGGACACACUCGACCCAGCGCUCCUCCGCCCCGGGCGGCUCGACCGAAAGAUUGAGUUCCCGUUACCCUCGCGGAGAGAGAAGCGGCUCAUCUUCCAGACCAUCACCGCCAAGAUGAACCUCGCGCCAGAUGUCGACCUGGAGGACUACGUCGGCCGCCCGGACAGGCUGAGCAGCGCGGAGAUCGCCAGCAUCUGUCAGGCGGCCGGCCUGCAAGCCGUGCGCAAGAACCGAUACGUCAUUCUUCCCGUCGACUUUGACGAGGCGUGGAAGCAAACCGUCAAGCGCAGCGACGAUGGCAAGAUGGAGUUCUACCAGUGAAAGGAAGAGCCAUCACGUCGCAAUGUCCGUGCGCCCUUCCUGCAAUUUCCUCAGUGCCUCCCGUUCGCGCGCCAGUCUGACACAUGCUAUUUUUCCAUGUUACAGGAGGAGCUGGGAGACGAGGCACGAUCAUAUGUAUUCAUACACACUGCAAUGCAACGACCAAU